AUGGCUUCAACUACACAAAUCUCAUUGCCCAAUGGCAAGAAGUAUGACCAACCCACUGGUCUUUUCAUCAACAACGAGUUUGUCGCAGCUACAGGCGAUGAGUUUGUCGUAACAAACCCUCACACCGAAGAAGAAGUCAUCAAGCUCAAGGGCGCUUCAAAAGAAGACGUCGACAAGGCUGUUCAAGCUGCGCGCAAGGCUUUUGAGGGCGAGUGGUCCGAGAUCGCAGCCGUCGAGCGAGGCGCGUUCCUUUACAAACUCGCUGAGCUUAUUGAUCGUGACCGUGAGCUCAUCGCCGCCAUCGACGCCUUCGACAACGGCAAGCCCUUCAGCGCUUGUCUCGCUGGCGAUCUCGACGAGUCCUACAAUGUCUUCCGCUACUACGCCGGCGCCGCCGACAAGAUCAGCGGCAAGACCAUCGAAACCUCCCCCGCCAAGCUCGCAUACGUCCUCCAAGAACCUCUCGGAGUCUGCGGCCAGAUCAUCCCCUGGAACUUCCCCUUCAUGAUGCUCGCCUGGAAGGUCGCGCCCGCUCUGGCCUGCGGUAACACGGUCAUCCUCAAGCCCGCCGAGCAGACUCCUCUGUCUGCGCUAUACUUUGGCAACCUUAUCAAGGAGGCUGGCCUUCCUGCUGGUGUCGUUAAUGUUCUGCCUGGUCUUGGUCCUUCCACUGGAAAGGCUAUUGCUGGACAUAUGGACAUUGACAAGGUUGCGUUUACUGGCAGUACUAACACUGGUCGGGCUAUUAUGAAGGAUGCUGCGAAUAACUUGAAGAACAUCACGCUUGAGUGUGGUGGUAAGAGUCCCUCUAUUGUCUUCGCCGAUGCAGAGCUUGAGCAGGCUGUUAAGUGGUGCCACUUUGGUAUCAUGGAUAACAAGGGAGAGGUCUGCACAUCUACCUCAAGAAUUUACGUCCACGAGGAUAUCUACGACAAGUUCCUCGAGAAGUUCGUCGAAGUCACAAAAGAGAACGACAAGCUCGGCUCUCCCUUCGACGAGUCAACCGUCCAAGGCCCCCAGGUCUCCAAGACGCAACACGAGCGCGUCCUCUCCUACAUCGAAGAGGGCCGCAAGUCCGGUGCUAAGCUUCUCUACGGAGGUAGCAAGUACGGCGACAAGGGAUACUUCCUCCAGCCCACUGUCUUCGCCGACACCACCGAAGACAUGAAGAUCAUGAAGGAAGAGAUCUUCGGUCCUGUCGUUUCCAUCGCCAAGUUCUCCACUGACGAGGAGGCCAUCCGCAAGGCCAACGACACCUCGUAUGGUCUUGCCGCCGCUCUCUUCACAGAAAAGGUGUCUCGAGCACACAAGGUCGCUCGCAAGCUUCAGGCCGGUAUGGUCUGGAUUAACUCCUCUGGAGACUCCCACUUUGGCAUUCCCUUCGGAGGAUACAAGUCAUCGGGUAUUGGUCGUGAGCUGGGACAGUACGCUCUAGAUGCGUACACGCAGUCCAAGGCCAUCCACGUCAACUUGGGUUUUGAGCUAUAG